AUGUCGUGCGUUCAGUGCGAUAAAGUUGUUUCGCCGAGCAAAAAUAUAUCGUGCGCUGAGUGUAAAUCUUACUUCCAUCCGCAAUGCACUAAACUUGUUUCUAUUUCCAAUUAUAAUAGUUUGGGAACUGAUAAAAGGUUUUGGAAAUGUGACAGCUGCCUUCGAUCUCAAAACUUAACUAUACGUAAGAAAACAGAUAAGUCAGAUACUAAUAUAGAACCUGAAACAAUAACAGAUCUUUCCAGUAUUCAGUCGUCAAUUAAAACAAUUUUAACUAAACUCGAAAAUCUUGAUAAAUUGAUUAUUUCAUUUAAUGGAUUACAAGAAUCUAUGACCUUUUGUUCUAAUAAAAUUGACGAUUUCUCUUUAAAGAUUGAUGGUAUAGUUACUAAUGUUAAGCAAAAUACUAUUAAAAUUCAAGAAAUUGAAAAUAAAUUUACUAAAAUGCAAAAUGAAAUUGAUUAUUUAAAAUCUAGCUAUAAUACUGCUGAGCAGUUUAAACUAAUAAAUAACCUAGAUAUUAUGAAUAUACCUAAAACGGCUAAUGAAUCUUUAUUUGAUAUUACUUCAAAGUUAACUAAAUUAUUAGAUAUCGAAAUAAAGGAAGUAGAUAUUAGUAAAUUAUACCGCAUUAAGUCCAAAAGUAAUGAUACUGAUAGAAUUAUUAUUGGUUUCAAUGACAAAAAUAAAAAGGAAGCAAUAUUAUCUGCAUUUAAAUCAAAGUUGAAGACAAGUCCAAUUACUGCCAAUCAAAUUCACACUUCGUUUCCAGACCGUAAAAUUUUCCUAAAUCAUCAACUAUCAACUGACAAUAGAAAAUUGCUUUGGAUGACAAAACAACUUGCAGCUAUCUAUCAUUUCAAAUAUGUUUGGACAAAUCAAAGUGGUGUAUUCUUAAAAAAAUCCGAUGGUGAUACUGGCGUUAGAGUAAGUUCGUUAUCACAAUUACAGAAUAUCGAUACUAAAAAAAAGUUGAAUGUUUAUGGUCGACUAUAA